AUGAAGUCUUCCUUCGUCGCCCUUGUUCUUUCUGCCCUUGCUUUCUCCGUUCAUGCCCUUCCCUCUUCCCCCACUGUGCCGCUCUACCGCGCCUACAGCAAGGCCGCCACCGACCACUUCUACACGGCGUCCAAAUCGGAGCACGACCACGCCGUCGCCUCGCUCGGGUACGCCAACGAGGGAACGGCCGCUCAAGUCUUCCACGCCAAGGUCGCCGGCGCGGUUCCGCUCUACCGGCUCUACAGCUCGAAGGGCACGGACCACUUUUACACCACGAGCGCGUCGGAGCGCAGCAACGCGUUGUCGAAGCUCGGGUUCGCGAGCGAGGGCGUCGCGGCGUACGUGUAUCCGACCGCGAAGUGCGGGAGCGUGCCUCUGUACCGGAUGUACUCGAAGUCGGCGGCGGACCACUUCUACACGACGAACUUGAACGAGAAGAACAAGGCGGUGGCGUCGCUGGGGUACACGUACGAGGGAGUGGCGGGGUACGUGAACCCGGUGAAGGGCAAGGGGUGCUAG